AUGCGCUGGGCAUUUGCCGUGGCUGUGGUCCUCACCUUCGCGGCAGAGGCGCGCAAAAAGGCCAGCCCCGAGGAGGAGGCCCUUCAGGAGCUGGACGUGGAUAAGUCGGGCAAGGUUGAGCAGAAUGAGCUGGAGUCCUUUGCGCGCUCAAAGGGGAUGACCCCGGACCAAAUUCACCAGGAGUUCCUCAGCCUGGACUUGAACGGAGAUGGCGUUCUGGAGGCCGAUGAGAUUCGCCGAACUCUGCAAGCAUCUGCAGCUGCAGAUGCUACACCCUCCGCGCCAUCUGCAUCCCUGGGCCAGGCUGCUGCCCCGGCUGAGUCGGCGCUUCAGCCUCCAAAGGUUCCAAAUGUGAUCACCAUCCCCAGAAGCGCUGCAGUUGACAUCCACCAGGAUCUGCAACCGGAGAAGUUGACCGAAGAGGCAAUGCGGCAAGCACCAGCAGCUCCUGCCUCGGAGGAAGGUCUUGAUGUCCGCGCGGAGCACUCGGCGGAGCGUGCUGUGGCUGAACUCUUUGAGAAAAAGGCCGCGGAUGCUCUCGCGUCCAUGCGGGAGGACUUGGCCAAUGCAGAGAAGCUCGAAUUGUCGGCAAGGGCGCUCCGAGGGCAAGCCAAGGAGCUUGAGACACAGGUCAACUCGCAGGUUGCCCAGGCCGCAAAGGCUGCCACGGAUAGUAUUGUGCAAAAGGCGCUGCGGCAGGUGAAGCUGAUGAGCCAGGAGGUCGCCAGUGCCGAGGAGCAGGCAAAGCGCCACCAAAACCUUGCUGACGAGGCCAUGGAGCAGGCCGUCUCCGCGCAGUCAAAGAUCUCCGAGGAAGUGAGGAGGAUCAAGGCUGACCACGUGUCGCCAAUGGGCGCCUGA